AUGCCCAGCACCUCAUCGAGGGCCAGAAGUAGGUCAAACUCCACCGAUGUUGAUGGGAACACGCACCAACCUUCGUCACCGCGUUCCAGUGCGGGAUCGGAGAGUAGCGACAGUGGGAAGUUCUCUAGUGAAAAUAGAACGAGCCUGCUCCCGCAGUUGUUUAGCCGUGCUGAGCUGGACAUCAACGUGGCAAUGAACUACGUCUUGCAACGAUUUUUCGAUAUGAACGAUGUGAGCUUAGCGCCUUCAUUACGGGCAGUGGAUUUGAUUGUAGAUCAAACAUAUUCGGAGGCUUUAACGCUGCGUCAACUCAACGACACCUUCUCAAACAAGCAAUAUCGGUAUUUCAACACAACGUCACGAAACAAGAAGAUAUCCAAUUGCCCCAUAUUUUGUGUAGCAGUCUACGCUGCCAAUUACUGGGGCGGUCACGCAGGGGGAAGUUCCAUACAUUUUGACGGCUUUCAGAGUGUGCCACUGUUGAGGGACACUAAGAGUUUCGAAGCGCUGGCAGCAAGACAGGCCGCGGACAUUUCACCACCCGCUGACGACGAAACCCCUAUUGACUCUUUGUCCUCGCCUUCCUCAUUGGACUGGUCCAAGAGUAAGGUUAUACGCUCCAUGGAACCGCCGAAUGAGCUAAAUUAUGCAGUGUUCCCUUGGCUCUCCAAAUUGCAAGAAGAUCUGGAAACCUUGGAUCGUACAAACUACAACCUCCACUCACUUUGUGAACUCUUCGAAUACUUAGCCCGCGUACUGAUUCAGGAUCUAGCAUAUUUGAGCUGCACGAAUGAACUACCAAGCCUUCUCUCAAAUGUGCUUGAAUACGUACCACGAUUGUACACAUCUAUGGAAUUCAAACAAUUCAAAAGCGAAAUGCAGCGGCUGAUAAACGCCCAGCACAAGAACAUGGAUUGGAACGAUCAAAUACUCUCCAAGAUUGAAGGCGGUUACAUUGACAUCUGCAGGCGAUUUGCUCUUCACAACCAAUCUCUUCACGAUGAGCUUCGGACUUUGCGUUUAGAAUUAGCAUCGAUAAAGAAGUCGAUGUCUGACGUACUUCAAACCCAACGUCUCUAUUUAUCUGGAGGCAUUCCAAAUGGACCCAUGGCCAACGCCAAUAAUGUCCAGAAUGGCCCUUCCACCGACAAAAAUGGGCUUCCUGCCAAUAUUACGAAUAGUUUGGGAACGACCGAAGAGCACGGCCAAAUAUCUCCUUCUCUGACAUCUCGCAGUAUGUUUCAUUCUUUGAGUGGUUCCGCGGUGCCAGAAAGUCAAGUACGGAAGCUUCCGUUACCGACGCAAGCAGGACUCACACCCCCGCCUGCAGAUUCCCCUUUCAAGCGUUUCAAAUUCGACGAUUUGAGACCUAGCCACGGCGCUCAACCUCAACAACAACAGGGGCCACAGCAAUAUACAAUGCUGCAACAGAGUCAGCCCCAACAAUCUACACCAGGGAACAUAAAUGCUACAUUGGAUUCUAUGCUGUCUCGUGGAGGGCUUAGUCCAAGGCUAGGCGUUCCGUCCUCGACUGGUGUGCCCAUGUCGUCACAACUUUCUCCGCAAUUUGGCUUCCCUAGCGUACCAGUACAAAUGAUUCCGAAAACAAUCCCCAGUGGCACGUCUUCUUACGGCGAUUCAGCACAGGAAGUGUUCAAAUAUAAGCUUUCGAGGGAAAACAAAACGAUAUGGGAUUUAUUCAACGAAUGGUUUGUUGGACUGAAUGGGGAGCCCUCCAUCAAAUCUUUGAUCGAUACCUAUGGAUGGCGCCGGUGGAAAGUUGGCGAAGAUUCGCACUUUUUCCCGACCCGACGAAUCAUUAUCGAUUAUAUCGAGCGUGAAGUUGAUCGCGGCCUGAGAACAGACAGGUUUGUAAAUAUGGACCGCGAAUCCAUGCGCAAAGUGGUAACGGAUGACCUUGAAAAGUUCAGAGCUACCAACGGACUGACGCUGAAUAGUAUAUCGAUGUACUUCAGGAACUUGACGCGGAAAAACACGGAAAUUUGCAUAUAUGAGAAUUUUCAAGACUGGUCAGUUCUUCUGAUCGACGAGGACGAAAAGAAUAAAUACUGCAAACGACAGCACAACAGCAGUUCAUGA